UAUGGCGAAUUUGAAAAUCGUAAAAUUUUUAGAAGCUUCCAACAAAAGACGUAAACCUAAUAUUAUAGGACUAAUAACAAAAAAUGUACAUGAUGUAACUACAAAAUCUGCUAAAAAGGUUACCCAUACUGGCCAGAUAUAUGAUGAGGAUGAUUAUCGUAAUGUACGAUUUAUAAAUAGACCAAAGGAGGUUAAUGAUAAUUGGGCCAUUAAAUUAAUAGCGGAAGUUCCUGCUACUCCAGUGAAAGAUAAAAUUAUAGCAUGUGAUGGGGGAGGUGGACCUUUGGGACAUCCAAAAGUUUACAUUAAUUUGGAUAAACCUGGUAAUCAUACUUGUGGAUAUUGUGGUUUACGCUUUUAUAAAGAACAUCAUUAAACAAAUAGGAUAAAUACAUGUAGUCAAAUUAUAUAUUAUAUGUGUAUUUUAAUGUAUAUUUAAUGUUAGAAAUAUAUAUAUAAAAAACAAA